ACUCACUCUCCUCAGCCUGCUCCAGUUUGCACUUUCUCCUUCAAGGGAUCUCUGGACUUUUGUCUUCAUACAGGGAAAAAAAUGGCCUUCUUGACCCAGAAAAGCUGUGCCUUCCUGCUUGUUGUGGUGGCUGCAGUUUACAUUCAACUCUACCAGGGUGAGUUAAAAUAAUAUUUAUGUUUUUUUUUAUCACAAAAGUGCAUUCUUUCAGGAUUUUAGCAUAAACAAACUCCGAGAAGGUAAAAAAAAAAUAGUGAUGCAUGACCCACUUUAACUGUCAUUUUCUGAAUUUUUGAUAUUUUGGGCUUAAAGGUUUGCACGACUCGUGCUAAUUGAUGAGGCCGCACAGAAUAACUAUCUUCAUGUUUUCCCUGCAGCUCAUGACAUUCCUGCUCGCUGCUACUGUCCUGAAACCAUCCCGUUCAUCAGAGGCAACAUUUCAGAUUUCCAAGUCUAUGAAAAAAGACCAGGAUGUGAUAAAACUGAGCUGAUGUGAGUUUGACUACAAAUGUGCAGCUUUUCUGAGCUUUAAAAUCUCAACAGUUGUGUGCAGUCUGAUUCUGAAAUCUUAUUCUUUUUAUUUUUCAGUUUCACCAUGAGCAAGGCAGACAACAGCACAGAGAAAAUCUGCAUGAACACAGGGAAAAAGCAAGCCAAAGCCUUCCUGAUAUGCUGGGAUAGGUAAUCUAUGAUGUUUAAAUUACUCACUGACGCACCACUUGUAUAGUUUUCACCCUCUGCUGAUGUGAACAACAACUCUGACUUGAAAUUUCACAAAAAGAAAGCUGUGUUUUUCAUCAAUUGCUGUUUUCAUGAGCCAAUUUUUUUCUUACUGGAACCUCCUGCAACAUUUGGAUUUUGCACUGAUUUCGCAAGAUACAAUGGAAUUUGUUUAAUUUUGCCUUAAGAUGCAGAAUCACUGUGAAGCCAAAACUCUUAACUAGUUUACUUGGCAACAAACACACCGUCAAUGAAACUGAACUCUUCCUGCUUAUAAAAAAGGUUCUGUUACAAGAUGUUGGCUCAACAUUUCUAAUCACAUUAACAUGUGACUGGUUGCACAAAACCUCCAGAUGUUUCCUAUUAGUCCUCUGGCCUAAUCCCAGUUUUUCUUCCUCCCUUCUUUCAGGAUAAACAAAAACGAGACCCGUAAGAGGGAGUGCAUCGACAGAAUGAAGAGGGCAGAGUGAAAGUACAAGGGGAGGCCUGACUGGGGAGGAAAGUCAUCCGGACUGAGGUCCCGGAGGUGACAUGAAGACUGAGCCCACAAGUCUGAGAACGCUGAAAGCAGAGCUUUCACUGAACUCCUGCACUGCGAGGGUUGGGAAUUGACAGCCAUAGGGGGAAUUUACAUUUUUCAGGCAGGGCUGAGGGGAAAAGGAGUCAAAUUCAAGUUAAGGGAAAGACAACUGACACACAUGUACAGUAUUAUAACAGCAAGUCUGUAAGGAAGCCACUGUAAAAAUGCACACACCUUUAUUUUUAUGUUGCUUGACUUGACUACUAUUUAAGAUGCCUUAUUUAUUGUUAAAGUCUAUUUCUCUAUGUUUUUUAAAAGUAUUUGGAUACAUUAAAUAAACCUGAUUUUGAUACAAGUCUA